AAAAGGAAAAGUCCGAAAAGGCGGCCCCAUCCAAAGAGGAAAGGAAAAAGGUGCAGUGGACCGAAUCGGUUUCCAAGUUCUCCCCAGCUGCUGCUAUAGCCGGAGGUUUCCGUCUUGUGCUUUCAGUAAAGGAAAGACAUCCCGGCUGGCCCCACUCUUCUUGUCCCUCUCACUAGCCAGUGAGCCAGUGAGACUGUGAGUCAGGAGUCAGUGAGUGGCUGUUGGGCCUCUCAAGUUCUCAACCGCUCCAGGAUUUGAAGCUUUCCCAGCCCAUUCUCUCCGAUAAAGGCCACAUCGGCCCGGUCACGUGUUUGAGUCGGCUGUCACAAACGUGUGGAUGUUUGAUCAAUCAGUUAACAUUCUUCUUGGCUACCCUCGGACCAGAGGAACCAGGUGCAAACUUAAGACUACUAUGGAUUAUCUCUUUGGAGUAGUGUCUUCUUCAUUCAGGCCAUGGGGCUCCUGUGGCUGUUAACAAUUGGUGAUGGCUCAGGUACUUGGUACUCGAUCGUAAUAGUGCUCCUGGCCGAACUGUUAGCCAGAACUUGGUCAGCAGCUGCGUCAUUUGAAUCGGAAAAGAUUCCGAGCCUGCGCAGCUGUGACUGGCCGAAAGACAAGCCUGUGGUCCCCGGUCUGAUUUUCAGGAAAAUCGGGGUCGCUUCCGUCGGCUCCCUCGAGACUUCGUGAUGGCCCAUACCCGGGAGGAAGUGCCGAACGGCCCCUAGUUAUCCUCUCGCUGGACCCCGGGAGACAAUCAUUAUUUCAUUCCAGUCUUUCCUACUGGACAAGUGAAGAAGGAGGAACGAAUGGGAAUGUCGAUUUUAGCUUUGCUUACGUUGUCCGGGGAUCUUGCAAACCAAAUCCCAGCCGUAGGGGCUGUCUGUAUGGCACAUGCCACUAUGACGGAAUUCGUCCAUUCCAGAGGCUUCAAGCCGUGUCA